CCCGCGCGCCGGAAGUGGCGGGCCGCGCCGGAAGCGGGGCGCGCCGCGGGCCGAGAGGAUGCCGCUGCCGGUGCAGGUGUUCAGCUUGCAGGGCGCCGUGGAGCCCAUGCAGAUUGACGUGGACCCCCAGGAGGACCCCCAGAAUGCCCCCGACGUCAACUACGUGGUGGAGAACCCCACCCUGGACCUGGAGCAGUACGCGGCCAGCUACAGCGGCCUCAUGCGCAUCGAGCGGCUGCAGUUCAUCGCCGACCACUGCCCCGCCCUGCGCGUCGAGGCCCUGAAGAUGGCCCUGGCCUUCGUGCAGCGCACCUUCAACGUGGACAUGUACGAGGACAUCCACCGGAAGCUCUCGGAGGCCACCAGGGAGCUGCAGAGCGCGCCCGACGCGGUGCCCGAGUGCGGCGUGGAGCCGCCGCCCCUGGACACGGCCUGGGUGGAGGCCACGCGUAAGAAGGCGCUGCUGAAGCUCGAGAAGCUGGACACGGACCUCAAGAACUACAAGGGCAACUCCAUCAAGGAGAGCAUCCGCCGCGGCCACGACGACCUGGGCGACCACUACCUGGACUGCGGCGACCUGAGCAACGCGCUCAAGUGCUACUCGCGGGCGCGCGACUACUGCACCAGCGCCAAGCACGUGAUCAACAUGUGCCUGAACGUCAUCAAGGUCAGCGUCUACCUGCAGAACUGGUCGCACGUGCUGAGCUACGUCAGCAAGGCCGAGUCGACCCCUGAGAUCGCCGAGCAGCGCGGGGAGCGGGACAGCCAGACUCAGGCCAUCCUCACCAAGCUCAAGUGUGCUGCAGGCCUGGCUGAACUCGCCGCGCGCAAGUACAAGCAGGCGGCCAAGUGCUUCCUGCUCGCCUCCUUCGACCACUGCGACUUUCCGGAGCUGCUGUCCCCCAGCAAUGUGGCCAUCUACGGUGGCCUGUGCGCCUUGGCCACCUUCGACCGGCAGGAGCUGCAGCGUAAUGUCAUCUCCAGCAGCUCCUUCAAGCUGUUCCUGGAGCUGGAGCCGCAGGUCCGAGACAUCACCUUCAAGUUCUACGAGUCCAAGUACGCCUCGUGCCUCAAGAUGCUCGAUGAGAUGAAGGACAACCUGCUCUUGGACGUGUACCUGGCCCCGCACGUCAGGACCCUGUACACACAGAUCCGCAACCGCGCCCUCAUCCAGUAUUUCAGCCCCUACGUGUCCGCUGACAUGCGCAAAAUGGCCACGGCCUUCAACACCACAGUGGCUGCCCUGGAGGACGAACUGACACAGCUGAUCCUGGAGGGGCUGAUCAACGCCCGCAUCGACUCGCACAGCAAGAUCCUGUACGCCCGGGACGUGGACCAGCGCAGCACCACCUUUGAGAAGUCCCUGCUGAUGGGCAAGGAGUUCCAGCGCCGUGCCAAAGCCAUGAUCCUGCGGGCGGCUGUGCUGCGCAACCAGAUCCAUGUGAAGUCCCCACCCCGAGAAGGAAGCCAGGGGGAGCUGACCCCGGCCAACAGCCAGUCCCGGAUGAGCACCAACAUGUGAAGGUGCCCCGCUUUCUCCUGCUGCCCGUUCCA